AUGUUGUCCUCGCUAUCCUCAAGUAUCUCGAACAUGCGGCAAUCAAUUGCCCAAGUGCUGAAUUUCGCACUCGUCCUUUCCACCGCCUUCAUGAUGUGGAAGGGCCUCAGUGUAUUCACGGCAUCAUCAUCACCAAUUGUGGUAGUCUUGUCCGGCUCUAUGGAGCCUGCGUUCCAGCGCGGAGACCUUCUCUUUUUGUGGGCGCGCAGUCCUCGCGUGGACAUCGGCGAGGUGGUCGUUUACAAUGUCCGCGGAAAGGACAUUCCGAUCGUUCACCGUGUCGUCCGAACGUUCCCUGAGGUCGAGGGUCGCCAAAGUGCGAAGAAGGUCAAAGAGAUCACUGUCGAUACAACACCCGAAACUCACAUGCUCCUUACCAAGGGAGACAACAACUUGUCAGACGAUACUGAGCUGUACGCCCGCGAUCAGGACAACCUUGAUCGCAAGGAAGAUAUUGUUGGAAGUGUGAGGGGAUAUAUUCCCAUGGUUGGAUAUGUGACCAUCAUGCUCAGUGAGCACCCUUGGCUCAAGACCGUGAUGCUAGGAAUCAUGGGAUUGAUGGUGAUACUCCAGCGCGAUAUCUCUUUGGCAUCCCCGCACCCCCACCAAAGACACCAACAUGGGCAGCGUCAAGCGCAUCUCCAAGGCAAGCACACGACCCCCAAACACCCGGAUCCCAGCCUAACCACCUUCCAGGAGCUCGCAGAGCUCACCGAGUCCCCGCCCGAAGGAAUCACAGUCGAACUAGCCGACGAGAGCGACGUGUACAACUGGAGAGUACACAUGGACGGACCCGAAGGAUCACCAUACCACAAAGGAAAAUUCCUCGUGAAGCUCUCUCUGCCAACCGAAUACCCCUUUAAGCCCCCCACCGUCUCAUUCGCGACGAAAAUCUACCACCCCAACGUCACGAACGACGAGAAAGGAAGUAUGUGUUUGGGCAUGCUGCGGGCGGACGAGUGGAAACCCAGCUCGAAGAUCGCGGCCGUUCUACAAUUUGCUCGUCAGCUGCUUUCUGAGCCCAUGCCUGAUGAUGCGAUCGAGGGGAGGAUCGCGGAACAAUAUAAGAAUGAUCGGCCGCGCUAUGAGGAGAUUGCGAGGGAGUGGACUCGCAAGCAUGCUUGA